UAAGCCUUAGAUUUCCGCAUCGUUGAAUUUGGAUCGUCCGAUGUCAUUCCUGUCCCAGUCCCUACAUGUUUAAAUCUACAUGGCCGCCCGAAGCCGCCUUCCGCUGCCUACUUCCGUCCGCUUCAUGGGAGACGGAGGAGAUCAGAAGGAGGGCGGCGAGACCAAGUACCGGGGCGUCCGGCGCCGCCCGUGGGGGAAGUACGCGGCGGAGAUUCGCGACCCUGGCCGUCACGGCGCCCGCGUCUGGCUCGGCACCUUCGGCACCGCCGAGGAGGCCGCCCGAGCCUACGACGAGGCCGCUUACCAGAUGAGGGGCGAUCUCGCGGUGCUGAACUUCCCGGAAGAGGUCCGUUCUCGCCGCCGUCGCGGUGCGGUCUCGCCGUCGACGAGCCGAGCUCGCGGGAGCGCCGCGGCUGCCUCCGGGGAGCAGGUGAUCGAGCUGGAGUGCUUGGACGACAAGGUGUUGGAGGAGCUUCUCCGGUCGAGCGAAGCGUCAGAAGAAGAAGAAGCGAAGGCUUCGGAUGGUAAAUAACCCUUUCUUGUAAUACACGGUCGGUUGUGUUACCCAAAU